AUGUCAUAGUAAUAAUAGUAAAUAAGAAAUCAUUUUCUGGAUAAAAAAUUAUUAGGAACAUUGUUUGAGGAAGAAGAGAUAACAAAAAAGGAUAAUUUCUAUAAUAUGGAGGCACGGGAUGAAAAAGGUCAUAAAAGAUUUCAUGGAGCCUUUGAAGGAGGAUUUGAAGCAGGAUUCAAGAAUACUGUUGGUUCUAAAUAAGGAUGGGCACCUUAAAAGUUUAUAUCCACAAGAACAAAUAGAGGUAUAAAGGAUAAUUUGAAUUAGCAAAAUAUAAUAAUUAGACAAUAAAAGAUUAUAUGGACGAGGAUGAUAUUGGAAGAUAAAAGUUGGGAGUAAAUGUUACAAUUCAAACAGAAUAUGAUACAUUUGGAUAAAAUGAGAUCAAUUUUUUGCAGCAAUAAUUAGGAUCUGGAUCUGGGUAUAUUGAAUGCACUUUAAGUUAAGAUGGCUUUUAGGAUCUGCACCCGAAGAAUUAGUUUACAGAGACAACAAGUCAGUGGGUUAUUAAGUACUUAUGCGUUUAAGAAAAUAAAUGAUCAAAAAGAGAAAUACAAAUGUUGAACAAGAAAAAUAAGAAGCCUCUCAUUGCCACAAUAUCAAAUACUUAAAUUAAACAAAUAAUCAAUACACAGGAUUAGGAUAUAAGCUAAAUGUGGAUACCCAUGGAAACCCUUCAAAUUCUUUAGAAUUAGCUUUUUGGACAUUUAUAAAAUAAAAUGCUGCCAUUAUAGUUGAUGAGGAUGAAGACAAGAAAAAGAAAGAAAAUAGAAUUAAAAUGAAUGGAUUUACUACUUAAGAAAAGGAUGAGGAAUGUAAUUAGUCAAUUAUUAUUUAAGAUAAUAAUACUAUUGAAGAUGAUGAAGAUGAAUAAUAUUCAAACAAAAGAAAGUAAGUAAAAGGGGCUCUAGAUAUUGGCACCAAAUUUAUUAAAGACAUGAUCCCAUUAAGAAUUGACACUUAAGAUUAUCUCAUCAAUGUUCCUGAAGAUUAUGAUCCAUAUCAUAAGGCUAAAAAGCUAUUAGAUUAAGGAAAAGAUUAUUCCUUUCUUUUUAUCAAUAAAACAAAUUAUAAAAAGCCUGCUUCUAGUUCUAAAAGAGAAGAAAUUUUUAGAGAGGAAGAAACAGGUAUUAAAAUAUAUUUCUAAUUAAUAGCUUCCUCAAUUAAAAGAGAUAUUAGUAAAUAAAAAUUUGUUAAGGCUAUUAAUUAGACUAUGCUUGUUAAUCAGUAAGAUAAAGCUGAAACAUAAGAUAAUUUAAAUAUUUUAAAUUUAUUUCCCCAUCAACCUGAUAAAUAACUAAGAUAUGCUAAUUUUGUAAAACAAAAGCUUAACAAAGAUAUUGAAGAGUAGUAAUUAGAUGAAGAGGAAAAAAUUGAUUUUGAAAGGCUUUAUUAAAUGUUUUAAGUGACUUCAAAAAAUGUCAUUGACAAAAAAUAAGAUACUUAGAAACCAAUGGAACAAUAGUAAGAAAAGGAGAAACCUAAUCCUUUUUUAAGUUAGAGAGUGAAUAAGAGAUGGAUUCCAGAAGAUUUAUUUUGUAAGAGGAUGGGAGUUCCUUAACCAUAUAAUCCUGAUGAAAAAAUAAUGAUUGAGAAAAUUAAUGAAAGAAAUCAUCAGAAACCUAAUAUGGCUGCCAAUAAUAGGAACUUCUUGUUUAUGGAUAAAAAAGAGUAUUUAUGAUGAAUUUCAUACUUUAGAUUCAAAUCUGGUGGAUUUAUGCAACCAUAAGAAUUUACUUAAUCUUAAGCUUAAUUUGAUCCAGUUGCUUUAGGUUUACCAUUAUCAUUCAAAUCAAAUUCAUAUGAUAAAAAUCAAAAGGAAAGAUUAUUAUAGCUUGAGAAUAUUGAAAGAUCUUAGACAUAAGUUGUGAGUAAACAGGAGAAAAGGAAUAUAAAAUAUUCUGAAGAUAAGGAAGAUAAUAUACCUAGUAGAAUUUAGGAUUAAAAUAUAUUUGAAUUUAUAUUUGGAGAUGAUGAAGAGGAGGAUUAAUAGUGA